CUCUUCCAACAUGGCCUCUCCAGACGAAGCGGAAGAGGAGCGAAAGCUCUCUCUGAUCGGUCAUCGACCCCGGCACAUCAUAGAUGGCAUGAUUCGACUCACAGAAGCAGAAGCAGCAGCGCCAAAGCCUUCGACCAUCCAUCGCGCAUCUCCUUCAUCCCCGAGCAUGCUUGGAACUCUGGACACUCUCCCGCUCGAAAUACUCCACGCCAUCUUCGCUGGGUUGGACUUCAAGACCCUGUUACAUAUCUCUGCAACCUGCCUUCGCGGUAUCGACGUCGUCAAGUCUCUCCCAGAGUACCGCGACCUCACGUCUCAUGCUCCUCUUGCGCUGGCCGCGCUCGGAAAGACUAGGCUCAUCCGUCACCACACCGCGACCGACCUCCAUACCGCCCUCUUGUCUCCCUCCUGCACGUCAUGCAACCAGUACGGUGCAUUCCUAUUCCUUCCAACAUGCCAGCGAUGCUGCUAUCACUGCCUCCGAAAAAAUCGAAGCUUUUGGGUCAUUCCGCUCUCAGUCGCUAGAAAGUGUUUUUCUCUAUCCGUCGCCGAGGCAAAGUCCAUGCCCAAAUUGCGCAGCAUACCUGGCAAAUACUCCAUAGGGUAUUACGUUAGCCGCCAAAAAUCCAUCGGACUGGUAUCCGUCUCGCAUGCUAAAGAGCUUUCCAUCAAAAUUCACGGAUCCCAAGAGCGAAUGCGACUAGAUCUGGAAGCCCAAAGAAGCAGUCUUUCGAUCUUAGACUUCCACACCUUCCGCGUCCUGCAGCAGGCUCCACUAGUACCGCCUGGUCUGGACCUCUCCAUCCAGCCGAUGGAAUCGAAUGUUCCGAACGACAGGUACUGCGGCAUGGCAUCCGUGCCCUUUCCUCACCUGAGAUCUGAUCGACAGGUUGAGCAUGGACUCUGGUGUCUGGGUUGCGAAGCUUUGGGGAGAAAUUGGUCGGCAAACGGUCCAAUCCCGGAGCAGCUCGCUCAUUUACUACUUCCAGGUUGCCGUGCAGACAAUGUGGUAGACAGCAGGCAGGACAUCGCAAGAUCAAGAGCAGAACUUUUACGCCAUAUCGACCAAUGCCCAGAAGCAAGGUCAUUGGUUCACGCGGGGAGAUAGCUUAGGGGCGAACUUGAUGGGACAUAGAGCAGUGGUCUGGAUACAGGUAGGCUGCGCGUGUACUGGCGGGACAAUACAGAUUUGGCAUUCUCGAACCAUUCGGUAUCAAGCACAGUAAUUGCAGCUGCAGCUGCAUAGCCGCCGGUAAUGGAAGGCAGGACUUGAGGAGAGUGCUAAGGGCAGGAACAAUGUGGUUACGUCAGAAGUACAGCUGUACAUGUACCUGUAUAGUAUAUACAGGUAGGUAGGUAUGUACCUGUACCUUCCAGUGCUCUGCACUCCCAAUCUUCCUACAUGUAUUGGAAACCAUCCACAUCUACAUCCUCUUGGCAGUCGGCGUACCACUGAGCUACCAGUACAGUGAGGAUUCUCCACGCCUUUGCCACAGUCAGCCCCCUCAUGCAAAGCCUCGAGCAGCACCGAUCAUACCGUAUCAUCGUUGUUGCCUGCGGCCAACAUAGGCCAUUGUGGCCUUGUUCUCUUUGGGCAUGUGCUUGGAGCAGUAGUUGCGCGAGAUCUUUGGAUCGACGUCGGUGACAUUGCAUUGCAGGUUCGAUUCUUGUUCAUACAGGCGAUUGCACUGCUUGAGUUCGCCUUUUU